CUUUUUUUUUUUUACUUCAACUGAUUUUAGUUCUUGAAGGCCUCGUGAUCGAAUCGACAUGGUGUCGUCUGUAGUUGUGACUACCAUCUCCAUGUCCGUAACCAUGGCGGUUCUCUCCUACUUCCUCUGGCACAAAAAGAAUCAUAAAUCCUUCUCCUCCAAGAAGAAGAAGAAGCAGCCAGGAAACGGGGUCAUCGAUGCCAUUGGAAACACUCCCUUGAUUCGUAUCGACAGCCUCUCUGAUGCUACUGGCUGCGAGAUUCUUGGAAAGUGUGAGUUUUUAAAUCCUGGUGGCAGUGUGAAGGAUAGAGUUGCUGUUCAAAUCAUAAAAGAGGCUCUGGAAUCUGGUAAGCUAGCUCCUGGUGGAGUUGUCACUGAGGGCAGUGCUGGAAGUACUGCAAUUAGCCUUGCUACUGUGGCUCCUGCCUAUGGGUGCAAAUGUCAUGUUGUCAUCCCAGAUGAUGCUGCUAUUGAGAAGUCUCAAAUACUUGAAGCCUUGGGUGCUACUGUUGAAAGGGUAAGGCCAGUUUCAAUUACCCACAAAGACCACUAUGUCAAUAUUGCCAGGAGGCGUGCGCUAGAGGCAACUUUAUUGGCUGCAAAGCGUAGAAAAGCCAACCAAAUGGAUGGUAAAGACUUGGAGGAAAUGAAUAGUUGCACCCAUGAUUGGGAGAAACAGAAUCCAGUGUUCUCAAGUAGUUGUACUGGUGGUUUCUUUGCUGAUCAAUUUGAAAAUUUAGCAAACUUUAGGGCCCAUUAUGAAGGUACUGGACCUGAGAUCUGGGAACAAACUGGUGGUGAUAUAGAUGCAUUUGUGGCAGCUGCAGGCACAGGCGGCACCAUUGCUGGUGUUUCCAGGUUUCUUCAGGAAAAGAAUCCAAAGGUCAAGUGCUUCCUCAUAGAUCCUCCUGGUUCUGGUUUAUUUAAUAAGGUAACAAGAGGGGUCAUGUACACUCGGGAGGAAGCUGAAGGGAAAAGGCUGAAGAAUCCAUUUGACACAAUAACAGAAGGCAUUGGUAUUAAUAGAUUAACUCAGAAUUUCAUGAAGGCAAAGCUUGAUGGGGCUUUUCGAGGCACAGAUAAAGAGGCUGUUGAAAUGUCGAGGUUCCUUCUUAAAAAUGAUGGGCUCUUUCUUGGGAGUUCUUCAGCCAUGAACUGUGUUGGAGCAGUAAGAGUCGCACAAGUUCUUGGGACUGGCCAUACAAUUGUAACCAUUCUAUGUGAUAGUGGAAUGAGACAUCUAAGCAAGUUUUAUGAUGCACAAUAUCUUUCUCAGCAAGGUCUGACACCAAUCGCAACUGGAUUAGAGUUCAUGGGUACCAAAUGAGUUCAUGGCCUUAUGAGAUGGUGACUCUAAUAUUCAUGAUUAUAUCAUCAGUUUUGCAGUAGAACAUGAAGGAGUUACAUAUUUCAGGCAUUUUGGGGAUUAAGAUUUAAGAGAUGACCCAUAUCAUUGGGGCAGAACAAACACAAUUGAUUCAUAGAUUACACACGUGUAUUAGGCUGAUUUUGUCAAGAAAAAGAGGGUGGUGACUGGUGUGAGAUCAAUACAAAUUACUUUUUGACAACUACAUUUUUUUUGGAUACUGUAGUUCUUGAAGCAUAUAGUCAUUCUCUGGUCCUUUUGGUAUUCUCAUUUUGGAAAAUGCUGAGUGUUUCAGAUAUGAGAUUUCUACUUCUGUUCCUCAGAAAAGCCAUUAGAAACAUUGGCAAAUGAAGCAUUGACAGAUCAAGAGCCGACACCUCCCUCUUCUUUUGCAUACUAAGGAUUCCUUGGGUUUUUUUUUUUUUCCCCUUCUUCUGUUGGUUGUGUAAAACAAUAAGGUUAAUUGAAGCUU